GGGCUUCUUUUACGAUAGAGAAGCGCUCGGCGGCUGGCGGGGCCUAGUGUGACCGAAGACGCUCUUGAGUGUUUGUCCUCCCUUUCCUUUACCGCCAUGGAGAUGCCGCCCCCGCCGCUGCCGCCCCCGCCCGAAGAUCAAGAACUACGCAAUGUCAUUGACAAAUUGGCCCAGUUUGUGGCACGGAAUGGUCCUGAGUUUGAGAAGAUGACAAUGGAAAAGCAAAAGGAAAAUCCCAAGUUCUCAUUUCUAUUUGGAGGAGAUUUCUAUGGCUAUUACAAGUAUAAGCUGGCUCUGGAGCAGCAACAGUUAUUGUGCAAGCAAAGCCAAGAUAUUGAGGCUACCCCACAGAUGCAACCAAUUCCCCAGCCACCUUUGGCUCCUUCCACCCCUAUCGCCACUCCUCAGGGGACCCCUUCCAUGGAGGAAUUGAUCCAGCAGAGCCAAUGGAAUCUGCAGCAGCAGGAACAGCAUCUCCUUGCUUUGAGACAGGAACAAAUUACCUCUGCAAUAGCUCUGGCUAUUGAGCAGCAAAUGCAGAAAGUCUUGGAGGAAACCCAGUUGGACAUGAAUGAGUUUGAUAACUUGCUACAACCAAUCAUUGACACAUGCACCAAAGAUGCUAUCUCAGCUGGAAAGAACUGGAUGUUCAGUAAUGCCAAAUCUCCCCAGCAUUGUGAGCUAAUGGCUGGGCAUCUGCGCAACCAGAUCACUGCCGAGGGGGCACAUUUUGAGCUGCGACUACAUUUAAUCUAUCUGAUUAACGACGUCCUCCACCAUUGCCAGCGGAAGCAACAACGUGAUCUCCUGGCUGCUCUGCAAAAGGUGGUAGUGCCCAUAUACUGCACUAGCUUCCUGGCUGUGGAGGAGGACAAGCAACAGAAGAUCGCCAGGCUCCUUCAGCUGUGGGAGAAAAAUGGCUACUUUGAUGAAUCGAUUAUCCAGCAGCUCCAGAGUCCAGCCCUUGGACUCGGGCAGUAUCAGGCUACCCUGAUCACAGAAUAUGCCAGUGUUGUGCAGCCAGUGCAGGUUGCGUUUCAGCAGCAGAUUCAGACUUUGAAAACACAGCAUGAGGAGUUUGUCAACAGCCUCACGCAGCAGCAGCAGCAGCAGCAGCAGCAGCAACAGCAGCAGCAGCAGCAACAAAUGCAAAUUCCCCCUCUGGAAAGUGAAGUGAAACCAGCUCCUCCGGCCUCAGCUCCUCCUCCAACUACUUCCAUUGCACAAGCAGAUGAAGGGAAGGCUCAGCUGCCCCUUGCAGGCUCCACAGAAUACGAAGCCACUGGAGCUGGGCCACCUGAUCCUGCUGCACCUGGACCUCGUGGACCUGGGCCUCAUGAUCACAUUCCUCCCAAUAAGCCACCCUGGUUUGAUCAGCCACAUCCUGUCACGCCUUGGGGCCAACAGCAGCCCCCCGAUCAACCUCCAUUCCCACACCAUCAAGGUCCUCCCCACUGCCCUCCGUGGAACAGUAACCAUGAAGGGAUGUGGAACGAACAGAGGGAACCUGGCUGGAACAAUCAGCGUGAAGCGCCCUGGAACAACCAACCAGACCCAUCCUGGAAUAAUCAGUUUGAAGCUCCCUGGAACAACCAGCACGAGCAGCCGCCAUGGGGUGGGGGCCAGAGAGAACCCCCCUUCCGCAUGCAACGCCCACCUCACUUUAGGGGGCCUUUCCCCCCUCACCAGCAGCACCCCCAGUUCAAUCAGCCUCCUCAUCCACAUAACUUCAACCGCUUCCCACCUCGCUUCAUGCAAGAUGAUUUCCCCCCACGGCAUCCCUUUGAACGGCCUCCAUAUCCACAUCGCUUUGACUACCCUCAGGGGGAUUUCCCUCAGGAAAUUGGACCACCUCACCACCACCCUGGACACCGCAUGCCACAUCCUGGAAUCAGUGAGCACCCUCCAUGGGGUGGGCCGCAGCACCCUGACUUUGGACCUCCUCCCCAUGGCUUCAACGGACAGCCACCUCACAUGCGCAGGCAGGGGCCACCUCACGUUAACCAUGACGACCCGAGUCUGGUGCCAAAUGUCCCUUACUUUGAUCUCCCUGCUGGACUCAUGGCUCCUCUUGUCAAACUGGAAGAUCAUGAGUACAAGCCUUUGGAUCCCAAGGACAUCCGCCUGCCCCCUCCGAUGCCUCCCAGUGAGAGAUUGCUGGCUGCAGUUGAAGCCUUUUAUAGUCCCCCAUCCCAUGAUAGGCCAAGAAACAGUGAGGGCUGGGAGCAGAAUGGACUGUAUGAGUUCUUUAGAGCAAAGAUGCGAGCCCGGCGCCGCAAAGGGCAAGAGAAAAGAAACAGUGGCCCCUCCCAAUCCCGCAGCAGGUCUAAAAGCAGGGGCCGCUCUUCUUCCCGCUCCAAUUCAAGGUCUUCAAAAUCCUCUGGCUCAUAUUCAAGAUCUCGAUCACGAUCCUGCUCCCGAUCACGGUCCUACUCCCGGUCUCAGUCCAGGAGUAGGAGCCGAUCCCGGUCUUCACGAAGUCGCUCCCGCUCCAGGUCCAGAUCAAAAUCCUACUCCCCUGGUAGGCGACGCCGGUCCCGAUCUCGCAGUCAGACACCUCCCUCUGCAGCUGGAUUGGGCUCUAGUUCAGGACCUCCCAUACCAGAAUCCAGACUUGGAGAGGAGAAUAAAGGACAUCAGAUGCUGGUGAAAAUGGGAUGGAGUGGAUCUGGGGGCUUGGGUGCCAAGGAGCAAGGGAUCCAGGACCCUAUUAAAGGAGGGGAUAUCAGAGACAAAUGGGAUCAAUAUAAGGGUGUGGGAGUAGCCCUAGAUGAUCCCUAUGAGAAUUACCGCAGGAACAAAAGCUAUUCCUUUAUUGCUCGUAUGAAGGCCAGAGAUGAAAGUAAGUGCCCAGUUUAGCAGGUUAAGAAUACUCUAAUCAGGGCAAAUAAACUUUUGGAUAGUUUCCAUAAGGUUAGCAAGCCUUUGGCUAAAAGGGAAUUCUUGCUUUAGGAGGAUGUGUUGGUUGCUUUUGGUGCUGAUGCUUAACAAGCAGCAGCAAGAAGGUGCUGCUGUAAACCAUCUUUGUCUUUCUGAAUGUAGUGUAUGCACAUUUAAAAGAAUAAAAAGGAAGUGUUAUCUACCUUUCUAAGAAUAAUGUUAAGUUCUUAAUGUUUGGACUAAGCUUGGGUGUAUCUGAAGGAUGCCCAGUAACAACUGCAUGUGUUGAAAUUGAGGGCAGCGCAAACCAAUAGCAAAUGUUUCUGCAAAUCUUUCCCUUUGGAUUGGCUACAGAAAUUCCUAGUGUGUACAGGUAUGCAAAAAGUUUUGAAGUCAAAACUCCAUUCCAAGUGUGGAACUAUUUUUUUAGUGCAAAAUGGGCUGUUUUGGUCAUUUCAGAAGUGUUUCGAGCUCCCCAAUUCAGAGUUUAUAUCUUUCUGACAAUUAUAUUUUUCUCCUAAAGGCUAAUGGUGCUUCAAGUGGAGGAAGCCAGAUAGCUACCAAGUACUGGGCAAAUGAAUCAAGAAUCUACUGUACAUUCUAAAUCCCCAAGAUACCCCUCUGCAGCCAUCACAGCUCCAUCCAGAACAGAGGGCUUAACCACUCAACAGUUACUUCUAGAAGUUUAAGGAUUUGUAACAAGAAAAAAAAUAUUUAGGCCUUUUAUAUUUUUGUAUAUAUCCUUUUAAGAAGAAUUAAGAGGAGUGCUGUAGACUGACUCAUCUGUAGCACCGUCGCAUUUCCCUGCUUGUUUCAAAAUAUGAAGCAUUCCUAGAAACCCCAUUUGAAAACACCUUUUGUAACUGUGGGUGCCCAUAGAUCAGCAGUUCUAAGUGAUCUAAGGCUUGCCCUGAGCGAACUGAAAGAACCAUUUUCCUCCCUAUCCAGUAGAAUUGUUCUUUCACAGCCAUCCAUUUUGACAUGAUAAGGUAGCAACUGUUGUAGACUGACUUACUGUAGCUGUGAAAUUUACUCAUCUUUCAACUACCUUCUGUCAUGAGUCAGCUACCAUCUUGUAUUUACUGUUGCCUUCCAAUAAAGACUUUUUUCUAUAUAAGGAUGAGAUUUAUUAAUAGGUGAUGCAGCCAUGGAGUAUUUUCUCAGUCUCAUUUCAUACUGCAAAUGUAGAGGAAGGUUUCAAGAUUGGCUUUUUUAAUUUGCAGCACUGAAUUGUACACUGCGUCAGAAUGUGAUAAAGAAAAGAGAUCUUUCCUUAUCUCUGUCAAGGUUUCUCUUCAAAGGUCCUGUUAAAUGCAUGUUUCAAGUUGUGAUUCCCAAGACUUGUGCUUGACCUGGACUGAAGAAACUACCUCUUUAGCUCUUUCAGAAAUUCUGGUGCUGUCUGUUGUCUAAUGAGCCU